AGAAGUAGAGGAGCAAGCAAGCUUUGCCUUUGUCCGACUUUUCCGGGAACUUGCAUUAGGACAAUUCUGAUGGAGCUGUUCCGGGGCAAGACGCUGCUUCGCAAGGACGGCAGCCUACACGCGGCCGACGACGUGCUCAGCGAGACCGGGGUGCUGGCGCUGUACUUCUCGGCCGGCUGGUGUCCCGCGUGCCGCAUGUUCACGCCAGUCCUGGCCGAUGCUUACAGGCAGACCAAAAACCACAAGGUCGAGGUCGUGUUUGUCUCGUCGGACCGCUCCAUCUUCGCCAUGCUGCGGUACAUGCGUCAGAGCCACGCCAACUGGUACGCCGUCAAGUACGGGGAUCCCCUCCGUCAGGAGCUGUUCGUCAAGUACGGCGUCACCGGCAUUCCAGCUCUGGUCGUCAUCAAGAAAGAUGGCAGCGUGGUCAAUCCUGAUGCACGUCUUGACGUCACAACCAAGGGACACCAGGCAUUUCUCGAUUGGCUAGCCUUCUCGUAA